GUGUGAGAGUCUCCGAAACACACACACACAUACACAUACACAGACACACCGCUCAAAAUAACCCGGGGAGACGAUAAAGCUCAUAUACGACAGCCUCUCCGCCGGGAGAGGAGGAGCAGGAGGGUUUAGGGUCCUGAACGGCUCGUUGUGCGGGGGGCCAUGGCGCGGGACUAUGAUUACCUCUUCAAGCUGCUCAUCAUCGGGGACAGCGGUGUUGGCAAAAGCAGUUUACUCCUGAGAUUCGCUGAUAACACAUUUUCGGGCAGCUACAUCACCACGAUCGGCGUGGACUUCAAGAUUCGCACGGUGGAGAUCAACGGGGAGAAAGUCAAGUUGCAGAUCUGGGAUACGGCCGGACAGGAGAGAUUCAGGACCAUCACCUCCACGUACUACAGAGGCACACACGGCGUUAUAGUGGUUUAUGACGUCAGCAGCGCAGAGUCGUUCGUGAACGUCAAACGUUGGCUGCAUGAAAUCAAUCAAAACUGUGACGACGUUUGUCGAAUAUUAGUGGGUAAUAAGAAUGACGACCCCGCCUCUAAAGUGGUGGAGACCAAUGACGCGCAGAAGUUUGCUGAGCAGAUGGGCAUCCGACUGUUCGAGACCAGCGCCAAGGAGAACGUCAACGUGGAGGAUAUGUUCAACUGCGUCACUGAGCUCGUCCUGAAGACCCGGAAGGAGUCGGUGGCCAAACAGCAGCAGCAACAGCAGAGCGAAGUGGUCAAACUGAGUAAGAGCAGCAAACGCAAGAAGAAGUGCUGCUAAUGGACACACACACACACACACACACACUUAGACAAAACGCCACUGAACUGACAGAGAACUUAACAUACUUCAACCAGAGACUAGCAAUGAGAGAUAUAUCUAGAGAUUUACUAAUGACGAGCCGCUUGGACUUCGGGAGGCAAACAAACUCCGAUGUUUUAGCAGGAGAAUUUUAAAAUGGAGAAUGAAAUGU